AUGCCAAAGGUCGACCACGAGCUAUUCCCUCACUUGCGAGAUUUACAAUUAGCGGAUGCGGAUCCAUCUAACCAAGACCGUAUUAACUUAUUGAUAGGCGCGGAUAUCUACGGUUCUAUCUUAUUAGAGGGAUUACGCAAAGGUUCUGAAACAGAACCAGUUGCCCAGAGAACCAUCUUCGGCUGGGUCAUAUUCGGUCCUUACAGUUCCAUUAGGAAUGUGGACCAGACUACUAGUCUGCACGCCACGGUGUCUCCUUUGGUGGACGACGAACUUCGCAAAUUCUGGGAGUUAGAGGAAAUUCCCUUUACGCGACCGCUAACUAAAGAAGAAGAAUAUUGCGAAAAUCUUUUCGUUUCAAGCCACUAUCGACGCCCCAAUGGGCGAUAUGUAGUCAGACUGCCCUUCAAAAGGGAUGCUGUAACUGAAUUCGGGAACUCUUUGCAGAUUGCAGUUAAAUCUCUGAUUCGUCUAGAAACUCGUCUGUCGAGAAACCCUGCCUUGCAUGAGGCCUACAAUCGUUUCUUAACUGAAUAUGAGCAACUUGGGCACAUGACUAGAAUCACGCCUUCAGACCAAGUUGGAAGUUCGACGUUCUACAUGCCCCACCAUCCUGUUCUUCGCGAAGCUAACAGUACAAUCCCGCUGCGAGUUGUGUUUAACGCUUCCAGCCCUACUAACUCCAUCCGGCAUCCCUCUGAUACCGACUAUCAGAGGAUAGUAUGGCGCCCCUGUCCUAAUGGCCCAAUAGUGCAUGGCAGGUUACUCACCGUUACUUACGGACAGAAACCAUCACCUUAUCUAGCCAAACGCUCUGUGAAACAGUUAUGUAUUGACGAAGGGGCAAGGUUCCCACUAGCUGUGUUGGUGCUCGAGGAGAGCACGUACGUCGACGACGCACUGUUUGGAGCGUACAAACAAUUUCAAAUACUUGAAAUGCGCGAUCAAUUAAAUAAUUUAUUGAAAUUAAGAGGCUUCCAGCUGAGAAAAUGGGCGUCUAGCCAUGAGGAGCUUCUCACUGAUGUGCCUCACCCGUCCAUCUGGAAAACAUUCGUCGCGAAUCGAGUGUCUGAUAUACAAACGCGAUUACCUCUCGCUAAAUGGGGAUACGUCGAAUCAAAAUUGAACCCUGCUGAUUGCGCCUCCAGAGGAGUAGAAGCUACUACUCUCAGAGGAAAGCAGCUUUGGUGGAAGGGACCCCCUUGGCUCAGCCAACACUCUACUUCGUGGCCGGAGCAUAAUCCUGCGAUGCCGGCAGAGACUAUCCCGGAAAGAAAGAGCGUUCAGGUUCUAAGACAGCGAACAAAGUGGCAACAGAGCUGUGCUAACUUAGCUAAAGACGAGCUUGUAAUUGUGCGAAAUGAGCUACUACCUCCUACUAAGUGGGAACUGGGACGGAUACAAAAGUUGUAUCCGGACCAAGACGGACGAGUACGGGUGGUAGACGUCAAAACCGUCUCGGGAAUCUAUAAGCGGCCCAUCACCAAACUGUGCCGUUUACCCAUCUCUCUUAACGAAUCUCAGAAAA